AUGGGUUGCUGCAAUGAGUACCUCUGGGAUGAGAAUUGGUUCUUGAAGAGGCGCAACACGUACCUGAGCGGUCAAAAAUACACAAAGGCAAGGAAGCAAGCAGGGCUGCGACAGGACAAUGUGCGCCUUGCAAAGGUUAGCAGGAAGAUUCUCAGGUGCAGGCUCUUGUCACAAGAACGCAGUUGCAGUCUUGUCAGCAAGGUCCCCAACGUCACAGCUCAUGACGAGGAUGAGCCACUGGCUACCGCUUCCGGCGUCGAGUCUGCCGCAGAGGCCCGCAGAGCCAUGCUGCCCUCGCAACACGCAGAUCUCAGCAGCUUGUCAGGCAUCGAGCAAGCUUGGGGUGAGUACAAAGCAGACGAAGAGAACCACAGCAACCCUGCCACUGCAGUUUGCUCCGACACUUGCAAAGAUUGGCCUGUCACUUGCGACAACGGCGAGAGCUUGCUCAACUCUUAUGUUAACCCAGAGAAGGAUGGCUUGCCCAAGAGGUAUAAUACAAACUAUGCAAACACCCCUUGUUGGGACGCUUCACAAGACAGCAUGGUCAUUGAGCAUAGCUGGCAAAAUUCCGAUCUCAGUGACAGCGCCUUUGCUGACCCCAGCGGGGAAGAACCUGUCCCCGUUGAUAGCAGUGCUACGCCAUCCCACGGUAGAGAGCCAGAAGUAAUACAUGGACAGAAAUUCUCAUCUGAACAAGGAGACUUGAUGGAGGUGGACGCCUAG